AUGUCCGCCGCAGCCGACGGCGGCGACGCCGCCGCCGCCGCUGUGCUGCCACCUGUCAUCCGGCGGUUGGACGAGGCGGUGGUGAACCGCAUCGCGGCGGGCGAGGUGAUCCAACGGCCGGCGUCGGCCGUGAAGGAGCUGGUGGAGAACAGCCUGGACGCGCGCGCGCGGAGCGUGGGCGUGGUGGUGAAGGACGGCGGGCUCAAGAUGAUGCUCAUCACGGACGACGGCCAUGGCAUCCGCGUGAGUGCUGGGGGGAGGAGCUCUCAACCACAGCCUGCGCACGUGAGAAUGCUGGGCACAUUGCAUCUAAGCCAUGAGCUUCCCGACCGUCCCAGCGCAUCUCGUCCUCUCAAAAUCCCCCAUCUAUGCCUCCUUCCUUCUCCAUCUCUCCCCUUCUCCCUUUCUCCCCUCUCCCUGCACCCCUCUCCCCCUCUCCCCCUCUCCCCCUCUCCCCCUCUCCCCCUCUCCCCCUCUCCCCCUCUCCCCCUCUCCCCCUCUCCCCUCUCCCCUCUCCCCUCUCCCUCUCCCCUCUCCCCUCUACCCUCCCCACCCCCCUAG